AGCGUACAGUCAUGUUUGACAUUAAGAAAAUCUGCUGCAUCGGUGCUGGCUAUGUUGGAGGACCCCCAUGUAGUGUCAUUGCUCACAUGUGCCCCGAAAUCAGGGUAACAGUUGUUGAUGUCAAUGAAUCAAGAAUCAACGCAUGGAAUUCUCCUACUCUUCCUAUUUAUGAGCCAGGACUAAAAGAAGUGGUAGAAUCCUGUCGAGGAAAAAAUCUGUUUUUUUCCACAAACAUCGAUGAUGCCAUCAAGGAAGCUGAUCUGGUAUUCAUAUCUGUGAACACUCCAACAAAAACCUAUGGAAUGGGGAAAGGCCGGGCAGCAGAUCUGAAGUAUAUUGAAGCUUGUGCUAGACGCAUUGUGCAAAACUCAAAUGGGUACAAAAUUGUGACUGAGAAAAGUACAGUCCCAGUGCGAGCAGGAGAAAGUAUUCGUCGCAUCUUUGAUGCGAACACAAAACCCAACCUGCAUUUACAGGUACUGUCCAACCCUGAGUUCUUGGCAGAAGGAACCGCAAUCAACGACCUAAAGAACCCAGAUAGAGUACUGAUCGGAGGGGAUGAGACCACAGAGGGCCAGAGAGCUGUGCAGGUGCUGUGUGCUGUGUAUGAGCACUGGGUUCCCAGAGAAAAGAUUCUCACCACCAAUACUUGGUCUUCAGAGCUUUCUAAGCUGGCCGCAAAUGCUUUUCUUGCUCAGAGAAUCAGCAGCAUUAACUCCAUAAGUGCUCUGUGUGAAGCAACAGGAGCUGAUGUGGAAGAGGUAGCAACAGUCAUUGGAAUGGACCAGCGAAUUGGAAAUAAGUUUCUAAAAGCCAGCUUUGGUUUUGGUGGGAGCUGCUUCCAAAAGGAUGUUCUAAAUUUGGUUUAUCUCUGUGAGGCUCUGAAUUUGCCAGAAGUAGCUCGUUAUUGGCAGCAUGUCAUAGACAUGAAUGACUACCAGAGGAGGUUUGCUUCUCGAAUCAUAGAUAAUCUGUUUAAUACAGUGACUGAUAAGAAGAUAGCAAUUUUUGGGUUUGCAUUCAAAAAGGACACUGGUGAUACAAGGGAAUCCUCCAGUAUAUAUAUUAGUAAAUAUCUGAUGGAUGAAGGUGCACACCUCCAUAUAUAGGAUCCAAAAGUACCCAGGGAACAAAUAGUUGUGGAUCUUUCUCAUCCAGGUGUUUCAGAGGAUGACCAAGUGUCCUGACUUGUGACCAUUUCCAAGGAUCCAUAUGAAGCGUGUGAUGGUGCCCAUGCUGUUGUUAUUUGCACUGAGUGGAAAAUGUUUAAGGAAUUGGAUUAUGAACACAUUCAUAAAAAAAUGCUGAAGCCUGCCUUUAUCUUUGAUGGACAACAUGUCCUGGAUGGGCUGCACAAUGAACUACAAACCAUUGGCUUCCAGAUCGAAACAAUUGGCAAGAAGGUAUCUUCAAAGAGAAUUCCAUAUGCUCCUUCUGGUGAAAUUCCAAAGUUUAGUCUUCAGGAUCCACCUAACAAGAAACCUAAAGUAGAGACAUUGCCAUUUUUAUUGUGAU